AUGGCCCCAGCCCUCCACCUAGACUUCCAUUACGACAUCUCAUGCCCCUUCGCAUACAUAGCGUCCCUGCGCCUCCCUGCCUUCCAGCGUCGCCAUCCCAAUCUUGCGAUCAAUUACCGCCCUGUCCUCCUCGGCGCACUCUAUCGCGCGACUUCCGCUCCACAGGGCGCCGCAGGCUCUGCCUCCGACGUUUUCAAUGCGACUAAACGCGCGGUCACGUCCGCUGGCUUCACACGGACGCUUCGUCGGCUGGGAGUCGAGUAUAAACAGCCACCGAGACAUCCGCUGAAAACGACGAAGGCGUUGCGUUUGCUCUACUGUUUAGAGGGUCCAGAGAGGGCUGCGUUGACGGGGAGCUUGUAUCGGGCCUACUGGGUUGACGGACGGGAUGUAAGCGAUUUAAAAGAGCUAGGGAGCUUAGUACAAGAAUGUCAAGGCUUAGGUCCUGGAACCAAGACGAGACUCCUGGAUCUGCUCCAGACCGGAAGGUUUGAAGCCACGGAGCAAAGAAAGGCGCUCGAGGAGACGACCGACUUGGCGCUGCAAAGAGGCGCCUUUGGCGUUCCGGCGUUCUGGGUGCAGGAGGAGGGUAGGUUGUAUUGGGGUCAAGAUCGGCUGCAGUUUGUGGAUAAGGCUCUAUUUGCGAUGGAGGAGGAACGUCAAGAGCCGGUGCUUGAGGCGUUAGUACCACGAUAUGCUCCACUAGACCGAAGGCAGAUACCGGAGGGUGAAGAGAUGAAGCUGGAAUUUUGGUACGACUUUAGUAGUCCUUGGGCAUUCCUCGGCUGGACCCAGCUCGCAAGGCUACAGCGGAUCUUUGGGCCAAGGCUAAGGAUUGACAUGAAGCCAUUCCUGCUAGGGAUUUUAUUUCGGGAGCAUGUAUUUCAAUUCUAUGCUGUGAAAUUAAGCUAA